AAGGGGAUGAACAUGUAACAGAUAUUUCGUAUCGCCUUUGCGCGCGUAGGGUUCUGGGGAAAAUCAAUCCCGAGCAUCCCUGGGUUCGAUAAACAAUUUCAAGCGGCCAUUUUGAAAUGCUGGCUUCAUGACUGAAGUAAGAAUUUAUGCAGAUAGUAGGGUUUUUCUAGAUUAUCACUUAAGUGAUGUUGAAAUUUGAGGUUUUGGAUAUCAAUAUUGCCGGAAGACACUAUUAGGUACCCAAGUAUGGUGGACCCUCGAAAGUUGCGUUUAUUCAUCAAUUUCCUCAAUGGCGUAGUUCGUACUGUUUGGGAAUAAUGUUCAGCAAUUUGCAAGCCUGCGUAAAAUAUGCCCUUUCACCAGCAAGCAAACGGUUUUCAACUUCGUGUUAUCGAUUGACUCUAACGAAAACCGUAGCGAGCAUUCAAAAUCGCACUAGGAGUCUUCUACAAGCUGUAAGGACUUCCCAAAACAACCAAUCAACUUUAACUAGACUACGAGCAUUCAACGAUCACAUCUUGGAGUAUUUGAACGUUGGCAGAAGUGAAGCUAUCCGAGAAGGAGGUUUAAAAACAGCGCUUGAAAUAAGGAGGCGGGAGAACCCCGAGCUAAGAAAGGAGGCACGAAAAACUCUGGCUCUGUUAGGAUGGGUGGACCCUGUGAAGGGGGCAGGGAUCAGGGUGUUAUCUAUCGAUGGUGGAGGGUCAAGAGGCAUAGUUCCAAUAGAAAUUCUCAAAAGAAUAGAGGAUCUGUGUAACAAAGAGAUCUAUCAACUGUUUGACUUCAUAUGUGGAUCAUCUACUGGCGCCAUUCUUGCAUUUCUUGUGGGUAUCAGGCGGAUGCCAUUAGCAGAAUGUGAAUAUGUCUACAAGAAUCUCAGUAUAGAUUUGUUUGAGAGGAACACUCUAAUUGGGACUGGCAAGCUCUUUUGGAGUCAUGCAUUCUAUGAAACAGAGAAAUUGGAAGAAAUUCUCAGGACAAAUUCGGGUAGUGACAAGAGGCUGAUAGACACAGCAGCAGACAAGACUAUACCAAAGGUUGCUGCGGUGUCAACCCUAGUAAACCAGCAAGUGCUAAAGCCUUAUGUGUUUUGUAACUACACCCACCCAUUUGAGUCACGCCCACGGUUCCCCAGCUCUUGCAAAUACAAACUAUGGGAAGCGUUGAGGGCAUCGUGUGCUGCCCCUGGGUUUUUUGAAGAAUGCAAGUUAGACAAUAAUAUCCACCAGGAUGGUGGUCUGCUCACCAAUAAUCCUAGUGCAGUGGCCGUCCAUGAAGCACGCUUGCUGUGGCCAGACACCCCCUUCCAGUGCAUCCUCUCCCUCGGCACAGGCCUGUGUAAAGGACGCGAGGACCAGUUUGUUGGCAGCUUUAGCAGCCUCAGACAAAAGCUUCUGAAGGUCGUAGCAAGCGCUACAGACACAGAAGCUGUAGAUACGGUGUUGAGUGACCUUCUGCCCAGGAAUACGUACUUCCGGUUUAACCCAAACCUGGCUGAAGACGUCCCUAUGGACGAGUGUCGUCUGGAAGUACUGGAGCAGGUUCAGGUGGACACCAGGAAAUACCUGGACAAAAACCAGACGCGAUUAACCAACGCCAGACACGCCCUCCUCCAAGAGAAGAGCUUUUCACAACAGCUGAGAGACAAAUGGCACACAUGGCAUGAGCCGGAAAACAUGUGACAUUACAUUGUUACCAUGGAUACACAGCAACUGACGAGAUCCGAAAAACACGUGACACCUCACUGUUACCAUGGAUACACAACAGCUUAGAGUGGGACUUUGUUGAAUCAUAUUUUGCCAGAUUACACUCUAUUUUAUUAUUGAUUUUAAAGAGAACCUUAAUUAAAUGCUUUUUAUGUAA